AUGACGAGCCUAAAGGACAUGCGAAGGGUAGACCUAGUCGUCCCCUAUCAGGAACCUCAACCCCGACCCGACGAGGUCGAGUUCUCCUCCACCCUCUCCUCCACUCUCCCCAUGGCGGCGAUGAUGACACGAAACCGAUUCAUCGGGUGGGCUUCUUUUGUCUUCAGCCUCCAGUCCUGGCUUGGCCAGAGCGAGCAGGCAAGGAGGAACGCCAGUAUGCCAGGCUACUUCUCUGCCGUCAUGGCCUUCCUUGCUCUCGUUAUUGUGUACCUACCCAUCUUCCUGCCUCCAAACAUUAAGCAGCAUAUGCCGCUUACUCCAUGA